AUUGAUUUCACUAUAUAUAAACUCAUCCACUUUAGUAAGAAUAUUCAUUUUGGAACCAGUACCUAUCUGAAGAGUAACCUAAUUAGAAUAUAUUUUGUUUGUAUUUGGAAUAAUGGAGUUUAAGUCGUUUGUUGUUGUUUUGGUCUUUAUUGGUGUAACAAGAGCAUAUGUAGUACCAUUGACCCUGAUCUCCUCAUCGGCACCAUCAUUGAACCUUGUUCAAGUCAAGGAGCUACCGAAUCCUUUGCCGCAAUACUCCUACUCCUAUGGAGUACAUGACAGCAUUUCAGGCGAUUCAAAGACACAAACUGAGACUCGCAAUGGAGACAAUGUGAAGGGAAAGUACUCUCUCAAUGAUGCUGAUGGUUACAAGAGGACAGUUUCUUACACUGCCAAUGCAGCUAAUGGUUUCCAAGCUGUUGUCGAACGUAAGCCAAUUGCUGAUGUUGCCGCUGAUAUUAAAACAUCGAUUGCUGCUCAGUCAAUUGCCCCAGCUCCUCUGGUCAUCAAGAAUUUGACACCCUUAAAUAGCACAGUAAUACCAGUUGUCCAACCAGCUACACCACUGAUUUACUACAACCCGGGACUCAUACACUCUAGUCCUUUGGUCUAUAGCGCACCACUGGUAUCCCAUUCUGCAGCUAUUUCUGCUCCUCUGGCUUAUAGUGCUCCUUUGGUCGUCAACUCAGCUCCCAUUGCAUACACUGGAUCUGGAACUUACUUGACUCAACCGAUUGUUAAUGUAACUUAUGCUGCAACCCCAAUCACUCAUGCUGCUCCCUAUUUGAUUAGCAACUAAUCUAGCUUG